AUGUCCACGCGUAAGAGAAAGCAAGAAGCCGAGGAGGAAGAAGAACUCCAGGCGCUUCCUAGCGACGAAAGCGAAGAGGAAGAAGAAUACGAAGACUCCGACGUAGGUGAAAGCGAGGAAGAAGAAGGUAGCGAAGAAGAAGAAGAGUUCGAAGAAGAAGAAGGCGAAGGCGAAGAGGAAGAGAAAGAGCCCGCCAAGGAUAAAGCUCCUCCCUCCAAGCGAAGAAAGACAGCCCCUGAAGCCGAGGCCAAAGAGAAUGGCAACGGCGUCCCCGCCGAGGACGAGGAUGAAGAAGAAGACGGUGAAGGCGAGCCAGAAGAUGAAGAGCCUGCGGACACCGCCAAAACCAGCGCUCCUGCUGCUGCAGCGGCCAAGGCUAAGGGGAGCACUGUUCCCGCGGAGGCUGAGGUCGAUGUUGGGGAGGAGGACGAGGAGUAG